UUAAAGAAGGGAAAAAACUCCCCUCUCUGGCCUAUAAAUACCCCCCUUCUGCUCCUUUGUAAACCUUCUUUCCCCCAACUUUUCUAAGGCAGCCUCUUUGUUCAUCGGAUUGUUUGAAAGUUGAAUUGCUCAGGUUCUUUCAGAUCUAGGGUUUCUUUUACAGCGCUAUAAUACUCGAAUCAGAGACCGAGAGUUUGAUUUGUGAUCGCAGUUCUAUGAUUCUGUUCAUUUUUCCGUGUAGAUCUUUAUGACAUACCCUAUCCUGAUGCGUCGAAUUCGAAUUCUCCACUCAUUCUCAGUUGUUUUCCUCUACCAUUUCUACGUUUUUUCAUGAAUCAGCCCCUUUGAUACUUCAAAUCCCUAAUUUUGCCUUGCCAGAAUUCCCAAAUUUAUUGACUAUUUAGACCCUCACUUUUUAUAGAUCUAACUUUCAAAUCGUAAUCCUCUGAGAGUUAAUUGUAAAAACACAUUCAAAUUCUGUUAACUGUUUAUUUAAAGAGCCAAAAAAUGUCUACAAAACAGCAGCCAACUAGUUCGGGUUCCGAUGUGGACCAACGCUAUGCUGUGCAUGAUGAAAGGAAAAGGAAGAGAAUGAUAUCCAACCGGGAAUCUGCGCGCAGGUCUCGGAUGAGGAAGCAGCAACAUCUGGAUGAGAUGGUUGGUCAAGCAAGCCGGCUGCAGAACGAGAACAAUCUCCUUUCACAGAAAAUCAAUAACACCACUCAACUUUACCUUGGCAUUGCCUCGGAGAACAACGUGCUGAGAGCUCAGCUUGGAGAGCUGACUGAUCGUCUAAUAUCACUGAACUCUGUUCUUGAAAUUGUGUCUGAUGUUAGUGGGCUGGCGGUGGAUAUUCCCGAUAUCCCUGAUACCUUACUCGAGCCAUGGCAGCUGCCUUGCCCAAUACAGCCCAUCACUGCAUCUGCCGAUAUGUUUCAGUGCUGAAUAAUAGUAGAAGUCUCCACUGAGGCAUUGCUGGUUCUGCUAUUGUAAAAUGUGUCAUCAGUUGUCAUGCUUUGUUUUCCUUUUCGGUAUGUCGUUUGAAUCUAGAAUGUUAGGGUAUUAACUAUUAUUGGUGCAUAUGGUUGAUACAGAGUACUUGAUGUUACUGGAUAGUCGAGUCUCCUUCAAUACUAUCGAGUUUUGUCUUUGCCUAUCUUGUCAAACAUGCUAUAAGGGUUUUGCAGAUGUUGCUUCGGAGUCAGAUUACUUGUUUGCCUGGAUGUAAAUUGAUCGAUGGUUUCUGUCUGUAAAAACUAUUUUACUGGAUUGAUAGUUUCUUGGUGUAUAAAUUUUUGUCAAGUCAAUGUUGUA